AUGCGUCUCCUCUUCUUCCUCGUUUCACCCAUUUCGUCACGAUUUUUCAGGCCGAACCCUCUGACGGAGGAAGCAGAUCUAGCGCUGGCCGGUCGCAAGGCCAUGGUAGCAGGCGGGGAGUGCCCCAUUUGUCAGGGCUUGCUUCCAGACGAGGAAAGGGGUAUCCUCAGAUGCAACCACGUGUUCUGCUUCAAGUGCAUCCACAAGUGGACGAAGACCGAAAGCGCGUGCCCCGUUUGCCGAGUUGAGGUCAGGUCCAUCACCAAGACACUCUCCCUGAGGGAGAUCGAGCAGUUCAACGUUCGCACGCCUCACGACCCUAGCCAAGUCCGGACGAAGGCCCAGAUAAAGCGGGCGAGAGCCAAGAGGUUCAAGUGCAGAAAACCGGCGAGUGUGGUGUUCGAUGAUAUAUAUAUUCCUUUCACCGUGACGAAGGCCGUACGGGUGAAGCUUAGGACCCAGAUGAAGGAGAUGAAUCGCCUCCUGGCUGACGCUCCGCACCCGCAGUGCCGGUGGAAGAACCGAGGUCUGCAGCGGCGGCGUCCGGAUCUUCCUCUUCAUCUGGACUCCCUGGCGCUAGGUCUUCUGCCACAGCAGCUGCUGGUGGUGGUGCCGCCGGUGGUGUUGCCCGUAGGUAGGACUGAUGGCGCGCGCGUGCCUGCGGCGACGCUCUUGCGGGCGGCGGCGGCGGCGGUGAUGGCGGUGGUAGUUGGUGGCCGUAGUGGCAGUGGUUUCGCCUCCCGACCAGGCGCCGCUCCGGUCGUCCCAAGUAAAAAACGAGGGGCCCGACAGAGUGGACAGCUCCUAGGUGGGACCUGUAGCCCAGCAACAGAGCCCCCGCCCUCUUGA